UAAAUGCGCAUGCGCAGCAGCGCUGUCCUCUCUUUUUCCUGCACACAUUGCCACGUUAUUAGCGGCAGACACCAAAUUCAAGCGACACUUCAGACUGUUAAAGGGUGAAAGAAGACCCGCCGCGCUAACAAUCUCCCCGGUUUCCAUCACGGUAUUAUAAAUAGCUGGCACGUUUGGAGGUGAUCCGAGAUGCUGAAGUUGUUGAUUGUGUGCGCACUGGCCGCUGUGAGCGCGGCUGAUAUCGCUGAGGAGGAGGACGUGCUCGUACUGAAGAAAAGUAACUUCGAGGAGGCGCUCAAAACUUACCCAAAUAUCCUUGUUGAGUUUUAUGCACCAUGGUGUGGGCACUGCAAGGCCCUGGCCCCCGAAUAUGCCAAAGCAGCUGGUAUGCUGAAAGCUGAAGGCUCAGACAUCAAACUAGCAAAGGUGGAUGCAACAGAGGAAUCUGAACUCGCUCAGGAGUUUGGUGUUCGUGGAUAUCCCACCAUCAAGUUCUUUAAGGGAGGAGAGAAGGAGAAGCCCAAGGAGUAUUCUGUUGAUGUUGAAUCAGAAGAUGCCAAGGCCUUCAUUAAAACCGCAGAGGCUGUGGAUGACAUCCCCUUUGGCAUCAUCUCAGAUGAUGCAGUCUUUUCAAAGUUUGAAGUGGCCAAGGAUGGUGUUGUUCUUUUUAAGAAGUUUGAUGAGGGUCGCAGUACAUUCGAUGGAGAGAUCAGCAAAGAAAAGCUACUGACCUUCAUCAAAUCCAACCAACUUCCCUUGGUCAUUGAGUUUACAGAGCAGACUGCUCCAAAAAUCUUUGGAGGUGACAUAAAGUCCCACAUCCUAAUGUUUGUGCCCAAAACAGCCAAAGACUUCCAGGAUAAGAUGGACCAAUUUAAGAAGGCAGCUGAGGGCUUCAAAGGCAAAAUUCUCUUCAUCUUUAUUGACAGUGCUGUGGAUGAUAAUCAGCGAAUUCUGGAGUUCUUUGGUCUUAAGAAGGAAGAGUGCCCAGCAAUCCGCCUCAUUACCCUAGAGGAAGAGAUGACCAAAUACAAACCAGAAUCCUCAGAAAUCACAGCAGAGAACAUCAUCACCUUCUGCACAGCAUUCACAGAGGGAAAACUUAAGCCUCAUUUGAUGAGUCAGGAUAUUCCUGAUGACUGGGAUAAGAACCCUGUCAUGGUCCUGGUGGGCAAAAACUUUGAAGAGGUUGCCUUCGACCCCGCCAAGAAUGUCUUUAUAGAGUUUUAUGCCCCAUGGUGUGGUCACUGUAAACAGCUGGCCCCCAUCUGGGAUCAGUUGGGUGAGAAAUUCAAAGACAAUGCAAACAUUGUUGUGGCCAAGAUGGACUCCACAGCCAAUGAGAUUGAAGCUGUCAAAGUGCAUAGCUUCCCCACGCUCAAGUUCUUCCCUGCUGGUGAUGACCGUAAGGUAAUUGACUACAAUGGUGAGAGAACACUAGAUGGAUUCACAAAGUUUUUGGAGAGUGGAGGAAAAGAAGGUGGGGCACCAGCAGGAGAUGAUGAGGAUGAAGAUUCUGAUGAUCUGGAUCUUGAUGAUGCAGAGGAUGAUUCAGAUGUGGAAGAGGGACACGAUGAGUUAUAAGAGUCAGGAGGAAAAGGCAAGACAAACCCCUUCACCACCACCACCUCCACUUUAAACUUCCCUGUCUGUGAACACUAAAGCUUUUCCUAACUAAUCGAACAGCCACCGGGCGUUACAGGGUCUUCUUUCAGCCAGUUGUCAUUACCAGUCCAGCCCAACCAUCUGCAGCCCAGAGAAGUGCCUCUCUGCCCACAACGACUUUAUCUCUUUGAAGUGUUUUACUGUACAGUUUACUUUUUGCAUUAAAUUGUAUUAGGUUUUUAGGUUAAAUUCUAAUGGUAAUCUGUUGAACUGCUCUUUAUACCUGCCCACUACCUCCUUUUGUGUUCCGGAGGCUCAGUGAAGAUUUUUUGCAGUAUAAUACUGGAAAUACGGGGAAAGCCAGUUAUUCUGACUUAAUUCUGUGAUAUGAAUGAGUGGACAUUUCAGGGUAGAGGGGGCUGUAUGUCAUUCACCUUUGGGUGGAAAUAAAAUUGUAAUAGCAGCCCAUUAUUAUAGUGUGAAAAAAAAUUUAGCAGACACCAAACUGAGGUACCUUCCCCGUUUCAUUAGUCAAACCACAUUUUUGUAUUCCUUUUCCAAAUUAACACCUGCUACUGAAUUAUUUUUAAAGAUGUAAAAGUGGAGAACUUGUUUUAUUUAAUUUUAUAUUUCAGUUAUUUUCUUUUUAUUAUCUUCCAUACUGAAGGGCCCAGAAACAGCACUUUUGUUGAAUUACCUGGGGCAGAGUUGGCCGAUGUGGGAGGAUGAUUUGAAACCUUAUUUUGCACUUCAUUCAGUGCCAUCAGAGAUUCCAUAUCAGUUACUGAAAUGAAGAUUUACCAUCUUGUAAGGACAAUAACUCUCCCGUACCCUUCCUGCUUUCCAUCACUUUAGUGGAAGAUUCCUUCCACCUGGAGGUAUAAUGCCAGUUGACUAUGUCGGAGUGGUCCAUGUGACGGGGAGGAGAAAGUGUGCUUGUAACCAACUUAAUCAGUCUUUUCUCCUUAUGCCAGGGUUCAGGGUUGUGCGUGUCUAUGAUUUGGUUAACCCUCUUGUUGUCUGUCUUUAUUUUUCUAGGAGCAGUGAAUUUCAGGGGUGAUGUUUAAAGAAAGGGAGGGUUUAGGAAUUCAAUUGAGAGGGAUUUGGGUUUUGAAAUUUGUCAACAUGUUUGAGACAAAGCAUUCCAUUGCAUUGAUAUUGAUAAUGAAAACUGGUGGCCAAAUAAACAACAAAAUGGUAAUAAA